AUGACCAAGUCUAGUGAAGCCAAUCGAGAUAUUUAUUAUCGCAAGGCUAAAGAAGUUGGCUUUCGUGCACGCUCGGCUUUUAAGCUGCUGCAGCUCGAUGAGCAAUUUGAUUUCUUACGUCAUGUGCAUCGCGCUGUGGACCUGUGUGCGGCACCUGGUAGUUGGAGCCAAGUGCUGAGUCGCAAGCUGUACGACUCUAGUAACAUACGUAACGUAGAGAAUGAGGACGUGCGCAUUGUGGCGGUGGAUUUACAGGAGAUGGCUCCCAUCGCCGGGGUACAGCUACUACAGGGCGAUAUUACGUCAAAACGCACGGCUGAACAAAUUAUUCGCUUGUUCCACGGCGGAAAGGCCCAAUUAGUCGUAAGCGACGGGGCACCUGACGUCACAGGCGUACAUGAAAUCGACGAAUUCGUGCAGGCCGAGCUACUGGCAGCCGCACUGAACAUUACUACACACGUGCUAGAAGAGGGCGGUGCAUUUGUAGCCAAGAUCUUUCGGUGUGAACAGUAUGAUCUGCUGGCCAUGCAAUUAAGCCUCUUCUUUGAAAGUGUCUCUUGCUCUAAGCCCAUGAGUAGUCGUGCCCAAAGUAAUGAAGCCUUUGUGGUGUGCCAAGGCUUUCGACUUCCUGAAAAUUACACGCCUGUGAUGACAUCUCAUCUUCUUCCGAUGUAUGGACUAAAGGAAUCCGACGAAUACGAUCCAAAACUAGUACCUUUCCUUGCAUGUGGGGACUUGUCUGGGUACGAUGCCGAGCAGCAGUUUUACUAG